AUGUAUAAUAUUCUUUCUAAUUCAUAUAACCGCGAACUCAAGGCUACUCGAGUUGAUUUGUCUUCUUUGGGAAUUUCCGAUGUUAAACGUGGAUCAGGUCAUGGAAUUUGUGCUUAUACAAUUGAUCACGUGUGUACUCCUGAAGAAUGUGCCGCACUUAUCGAACUUUCUGAAAGUAAUGGUUAUAAUCCGGCAAUGAUGGACGUUGGAAAAGGACAACAACUAAUUACUGAUUUGCGGAAGAGUUCACGAUACAUGCGAGACGACAAGAAACUUGCUGAUGCAUUAUGGUCUCGUGUCAGACAUCUGGUGCCAGACCAAUGGGAAGAUUAUUCGUCGGUAGGAUUAAAUGAAAGGUUCCGAUUUUUGAGAUAUGAUCCGGGGGAUUAUUUCAAACCUCAUGGGGAUGGAAACUAUCAGCGGCCAGAUGGUAGCGAAACUUCAUUUUUAUCGUUUCAAUUAUACUUGAAUGAUGAUUUCGUUGGUGGAGAAACCGCGUUUUUAUAUCAUAAUAAAAAAGUGAAGGUCGCUCCUAAAACUGGAAGAAUAUUAUUUUUCGAGCAUUCAUUGUUCCAUGAAGGGGCUUUGGUUGAAAGUGGAAAGAAGUACCUUAUUAGAACUGAUGUCAUGUAUGAAACAGACAAGCACGUUAUUGCGAUUUCGUCAAAAUAA